UCUAUGUACCCCGAACGGUCUGUGCUAUUUCCCGUCCUACCGGUUUACUCAAACGCUCGUCGUUACAUCUGUCCUUGCUUCGAAUGUCAGCUUCCAGGUGUUCGCUUGUUGACUGGCACUGAAGAUAGUUCUCAAAUGUUCCCAUGCACUGUAAGCUUAUUAGGUGAUUUUUAG